GAGCGUGACGGAGGGAGGCUAGCGGUAGGUGUAGCAGCGGACGUCUUCCUCCUCGUCUGCCACUGGCUCUCUGCUGACCAACCAAUCUCUGCACACACCAACAGGGAAAUGGAUAACAGUGAAGGUGCUACAGAUGCCUCAGGACUGGGGGAUUCUUUCUUACAGGACAGUUCAUAUCUCCAAGGAGGAACUGAUGCUGAGGACAGUCUAAGAGAAGACAAGGGAAGUGAGGAGCCUCUCAGAGAACAGGACAGGUUUCUGCCCAUUGCCAAUGUAGCAAGAAUCAUGAAGAAGGCCGUGCCAAAGAUGGGGAAGAUUGCCAAAGAUGCCAAGGAGUGUGGCCAGGAGUGUGUGUCAGAAUUUGUCAGCUUUAUCACCAGCGAAGCCAGCGAGCGCUGUCAUCAGGAAAAGCGAAAGACGAUCAAUGGGGAGGAUAUUCUGUUUGCCAUGUCAACUCUUGGUUUUGAUAAUUAUGUAGAACCUCUGAAGAUAUAUCUACAGAAAUUUAGAGAGGCCAGUAAGGGAGAGAAGGGGAUGGGCAGUGGUCUAGACAGUGAUACAAGUGGAGUGUUAGAACUCACAGGAGAUGAAUCUCUAGCACAAACCAUUUUAACUAGCAAUGUGCUGACCUCUGACCUUGCUGGUCAACCAAACGUCAUCUAUUCUGGGGGCUACUCAAAUCAGAUAUCAUUCACGUGAUGACAGGCAGGGAAUCCUGACCAAUAUUACAGCAACCAUUCAGUAGACGGUGGGAACAUGUCUUGUAGAGGAGGGGACAUUUCAGGGUUUUCUUUCUCUGCAUGGUACCAUGUGUACAGUUCUAGAUGACUAAAUCUCAAGGACAGUGGCAGCUGAUAGGCAGCUCUUGUUUUGUCAGAACUGAAUAAGAUAAUUUGAGAGCACUGUUGGCCAUAUUGUAGUGCUGUACUCUUGGUGGUAGUCUUAUACAGUAGACUAAAUUAUGUCUUGUAGACUACCAUCAGUGAAAGCAAUGACUAAUUGUACCACACGAUCAUGUGACUGAAUAUGAAUAGUUCCUACCUGAGAAUGUGUAUUUAAUUUUAUAUUUACUAGUAACAUAUGGUUCUUUGUGUAUUGUAAUCUACAUCUCAGAGUAUGGCAAUGUAGCACAAAAAUGCCACAAAAAUAGGAUCUUGUUUACCUUUAUGAAUCUAUAGGAAACUCCAUUCAGGAAGCUCCAUUCAGUGGGAAUGGGUAUCAGUACGUUUUGAGGCAGUUUGUUGUAUGGGAAGAGCAUGUCGGUGACAUGGUGAUAAAAUCAAACGGAAGACCUGACUUCAAGGUAGACAGGGAUUUUGUAAUUUUUUUGGACACCAGCAUAGCUGUUUAAAACUAGUUGUUUUAUAUCUUUGUCUAUUAAAAUAUUUGUCACUUUGACAAGAAAUGAAAUAUGAAGUUAAUAAAAAGUGUGUAAUUUGA